CAGCAGUGAGUGUCGAGCACGUCGUGCCGGAGGUGGCCAGCAUCACCGCGCGCGCAUCACCACUGCAUCACUAUGGACUUGCACCGGCACCUCAGGUCACUGGCGCUUUUGAUCUUCGUCCUGGCAACAUAUUUUAGUGCAUCGCUCGCCAGACACCACAAAAUACGACACGCUCGCCACAAAAAGAUGGUCAACAACAGCGACUACACUCCUGUAAAUUAUGUGGUGCUGGACAAUCGCCCUGACAUCGGGCCGUGGAGCGAGUGGUCGGUGCCGAGUUCGUGUUCUCGCUCGUGUGGAGGUGGAGUCGCCUUCCAAAGCAGGCUCUGCAAAUCGGAGAGCAGAUGUCAAGGGCCUGAUAAACGCUACUUCUCAUGUAACAGAAUGCCCUGUCCAGAAGGCUCCAAAAACUUCAGGGCCGAGCAGUGCGCCGCUUUCAACUCGCAACCCUUCGAGGGAACCUUUUACGAUUGGAUUCCUUACACAAAAGGAGCGAAUAGGUGCGCGCUGAACUGCAUGCCGAGGGGCGAAAGGUUUUUUAACCGAUUUGAGAACAAAGUUGCCGACGGCACAAGAUGCGAUGACGAGAAUCCUGACGUUUGCGUCGAUGGAAAGUGCAUGCCCGUGGGAUGUGAUUUGAAGCUGGGCUCGAGCUUGCGCGAAGACAAAUGCAGAGAGUGCGGCGGCGACGGCGCUGGUUGCAGUACUGUCAAGAACACGCUCACCUUUGACAAAGACCUGGUCAACGCUCAGUAUGGCUACAAUGACGUUUUCUUAAUUCCUGCUGGCGCCACAAAUAUUCUUGUUCGAGAGCUCAACGCAGCCAACAAUUAUCUUGCUGUUAGAAACGAGAAAAAUGUCUACUAUUUAAAUGGAAACUUCAACAUCAACCAUCCGAGGGACUUUAAUUUUGCUGGAACAAUCUUCCACUAUGAGCGGCAGCCAAACAGUUUCUUCGGGUAUGAGGUCAUUCGGGCUCUGGGACCUACAAAUGAAUCACUUUAUAUAGUGCUUUUAUAUCAAGAAAAGGGGGAAGGUAUUGAGUAUGAAUACAGUUUUUCCAAGGAAACCGCCCAGCAAGGUGACCCUGACAGCUACUCUUGGGUUACUCACGACUUCCUAGCCUGCAGUAUUCCCUGCGGAGGAGGCACCCAGAAUCGUACCCUGGGCUGCGUCAAGAAGAGUGACAACUCGUCUGUGAGUUUGCGUCUUUGCGAUCCUGCCAGCCGACCCCUUGAAGUUCAGCCCUGCAACGAGGAUCCCUGCGAGCCCGAGUGGUACAUCAAAGACUGGAGCAACUGCAGCAAGCCGUGCAAGGGCGGCUUUCGGUUCAGACAAAUCUUGUGUCAGCAGAUCAUCAGCAACGCAAGGCCCACCAUCAUUGACGACGAAGUUUGUGUCAAGAAGUUUGGAGAAAAACAAAACGAGACCGAGUUAUGCAAAGAGGACGCCAUUUGUCCAGAAUAUUUCCUUGGCCCUUGGACACCUUGCGACAAACUUUGCGGGAAAGGCAAGCAAACAAGAGAGGUCACUUGUCACAAGAAGUCAAAGGAUGGAAAAAUUGAAAUCUUAUCUGAUGGUGAAUGUCACGAAGAGAGGCCCGAGUCCGAAAGAACCUGCAUUGAUCAGCCUUGUGACGGUGUGGACUGGAUGACUUCAGAAUGGACCGAAUGCGAGGCCAAGUGUGGGCUAUCAAUGAAGACUAGGAAUGUAGUUUGCGCUUCUCUUACUGGAGAUUUGUAUCCAGAGGAAAGUUGCAACGAGAAGCUGAAACCAUCUGACAAGGAAAACUGCACUGCAAGUGUUUGCCAGUACCAGUGGUACGCCUCACAAUGGAGUAAUUGUUCAGCUGACUGUGGAAAGGGUUUGCGCACCAGAGACGUUUUUUGCGGACAAAUUGACGGUGAUUCUGUUACAAGAGUCUCAGAUGAUUCUCAGUGCGAAUCUGAUUCAAAAUAUUCAGAAGAGGAGGAGUGUGAGGAAAAUGCAAAUUGUGACGGACAGUGGUUCACUGGCCCCUGGAGUGAGUGCAAGAAGUGUGGUGAAAUUCAGAAGAGGGCCGUAGUCUGUUUUGUGAAUGGAACUGUUGGAGACCCGAGUAAAUGUGACGCCAGCGCUUUAUCACCCGCAACUCGAACCUGUCCUGCGGAAACGUGUGGAAAGGCUGUUGAGGAAGAUGUUAUUACCGAGAUUGAUAUUGCGGAAACGCCUGCGCCUGACGAGGAAGAUUGUGUUGAAGAACUAACUGAACUUUUCGAACCGCCUCCUUAUGAAGAUGAAGAAGAGGAAGAACCAGUCACUGAAGAACCAGUCACCGAAGAAACAGUAACCGAAGAACCAGAAGGCUCAGGAUACUCUACACCUGAUUCCGUUACAACCUCAGAAACAUUUGCCUCUAGCACUGAUGUUUCAGAGGCAACUACAGAAGAAACUUCUGUGGAUGCUAGUGAAGCAACCAAAGCCUACGGCUCUACGGAAUUGACAUCUGAAUUGGCGAGCACAAUUUCUUCUGACGCCACAUCUUCUUCUGAGGUUGUGUCCACAGAAGUAGUUUCGACCAGCACUGAAAGUAAAUCUGAAAGCACAGAAGCUUCGACGGCUCAGUCCGAGCUCACGUCCGAUUCUGUUAAUGAAACAAGCAGUUCAAUGGAAGAAAUAACAUCUUCCCAGACUGAGGCUACCAGCACCAAGACUGAAGAAACCACUCAAAAGUCUGAAUCAACCACGUUGAACGAGGAGACCACGUCCAAAGAGGAGACUACUAAAGAGGAAACCACCACCAGGGAGGCAACAGAGACUUCUACCGAAGAAGCUCAUACAGCCACAGUCAAAACUACACAAUCUCCAGCUGAAGUGACAGAUGAUGAUUAUGUUGGCCCUGAUGUAGAACCGUCUAGAAAAGAUUCAACAAUUGUACAGGGGCCUGAAGAAGAUACUUAUUAUCCUGACCCUGGUGUAGAAUCGUCUAGAAAAGAUUCAACUAUUGUUGAGGGGCCUGAAGAAGGGUCUGGAGAUGAGUCCCUCUCAACUGUUGGUGAAGGCUCGAGUAGUGUUAGCACCAUUAUUUCCGAAGAAACCGGCUCAUCAAGCAGUGUUAGCACAAUUAUUUCCGAAGGAACCUUGGGCCCCGAACUGGUCACUGGUACCAAUGAAAUGGAAGGCUCAGGAGAUGUCACCACAUUUGAUGACGUGUACUCCAACUUCAUGGUAUCGGACGAGCCAUCACCACCAACCUCGGUGUCAUCAUUCUCAACCACAGACGAGGAGCUAACAAGCAUUACAGAUAUAUUUUCCACUAAAGGACCUGACGGAGAGUUUGUAUCACCAACGGCACCAAAAAUGUGUAAGACGCGCAAACCGAAAUGCUCGUCUACUAAGUACGGUUGCUGCAUUGAUGGAAUCACUGCUGCCAAAGGACCAUUUAAAGAAGGUUGCGCGCAUCCGAAAACUUGCCACGAGACCAAAUACGGGUGUUGCCAAGACGGAGUUACCAUUGCCAAGCACCCGUACCUUAUCGGCUGCAAGCCUGCUGACUGCAAGAAGACCCUGUUCGGGUGUUGCAAGGACAACACCACUGCCGCCUCAGGAAACAACUUUGAAGGCUGUGAAGAUGGACUUCCCUGCAAAGAGACCAAGUUCGGUUGUUGUGAUGAUGGAAUCACCAAAGCGCUCACUAAAGAUAAGAAAAAUUGCAUUCCCUGUGAAAAAUACAAGUUUGGAUGCUGCGCCGAUGGUAAAAGACCCGCAGGAGACGAAAAGAAAAAGAAGGGCUGCAGAGUUAACUGCCACGAAACUAAUUAUGGUUGCUGUCCAGACAACAAGACUGUGGCCAAGGGUGUUGACUUUGAGGGCUGCAACAUCAUCAACAAGAAGAACUGCUCUGCCUCUUAUUUCAAAUGCUGCCCAGAUGGAGUUAGCUCAGCUCUCGGACCCAAAUUCAAGGGAUGCAAGUCUGCUUGUCAGCAGGAUAGGUUUGGUUGCUGCCCUGACUUGCUCACACCAGCCCAUGGACCCAAUGAGGAGGGCUGCUGCAUUAACUCCGAGUAUGGUUGUUGUCCUGAUAAUAUUUUACCUGCAGGAGGUCCAGAUCGUCAAGGUUGUGAGUGCUCUAAGUCUAAGUUUGGCUGCUGCCCGAACGGCGUCGAUUACGCCAAAGGCCCGAACAAAGAGGGUUGCGGCUGCCAGUACACAACUCAUGGCUGCUGCCCAGAUGGGUUCUCCGAAGCCCAAGGACCAGAGUAUGAAGGUUGCUCGUGUCAAACCUUCCAGUUCGGUUGCUGCCCAGAUGGAGAGACCGUGGCCAAGGGACCAUUGAAUAUUGGCUGUGGUUGCAAAGACACUGAAUUCGGGUGCUGCCCUGAUAAGAUCACUCCAGCCAAGGGAGAAAACAUGGAGGGCUGCGGCUGCGACGCCUCCGAGUUCGGCUGCUGUCCUGACGGAGUCACUGAGGCCAAGGGCGAAAGAUUCGAAGAAUGUGCCGACGCACCCAAAUUCUCUGGAGAGGCUUGUGGUCUUCCCAGGGAUAGAGGCACAUGCAGAAAUUUCACCAUCAAAUGGUUCUUCGACUCUGAAUAUGGCGGUUGCUCCCGUUUCUGGUAUGGUGGCUGUGAAGGCAAUAAUAAUCGGUUUGACUCCCAGGAAGAAUGCAAGCAGUCCUGCGUCGAACCGGAGGGCAGAGACGCAUGUUUCCUGCCCAAAAUUGCCGGACCUUGCGAGGGCUACAACCCUACGUGGUACUACGACAGUGACACCAAACGAUGCAGCCAGUUCAUUUACGGCGGUUGCUUGGGCAACAAAAACAAGUUCCAGACCAGAGAAGAGUGUCAGCAACUGUGCGCCCACCAGGAGCUCAAAGACAAAUGUUCUCAACCAAAACUGGAAGGCCCGUGUUACGGAAAUUACGAACGCUGGUACUACGACUCGGAGGAAUUUGCUUGCAAAAGAUUUAGAUUUGGCGGCUGUAAGGGCAAUCAGAACAAUUUCCUCUCCGAGACUUCUUGCCAGCAGCAAUGCAUCUUGCCCUCCAGUAUUAGAGAUGUUUGCAAUGAGUCUGUCUCUGCCGAUGAGAGUUGUGGCGGAGACCAAAAACUGGCACGCUGGACGUUUGACGCACAAGCGAACCGCUGCUUGCCUUUCUACACAAAGGGUUGCGACCCGAAAAGGAAUACAUUUGUCAGCGAAAGGGAUUGUAACGACAGGUGCCCUCAAGCUAGGGAGGAGGACAUUUGCCGACUGUCACCCGUGGCAGGCGAAUGCAGUAAAUUUGUUGGACGCUGGUACUACAACGUUCUGCAGAAACGCUGCUUGCAGUUCUAUUAUGGCGGCUGUAAGGGCAACGAAAAUAACUUCCAGACAGAGGAAUUGUGCAGCAGACGGUGCGCGCAGCCUGUGGAGCCAGAAGUGUCUCACAGACCAGAAUUCUGUAUGCUGCCUGCGGAGCAAGGUCCAUGCACGCAACUUAAGUCUAAGUGGUUCUACGACAGCAGCGAGGGCUACUGCAAAGAGUUCCAGUAUGGCGGCUGUGAAGGCAAUCACAACAGGUACCGAACGAAACAAGAGUGCGAUCAGAAGUGUGGAAAAGUGCAAGACCGGUGCUCGCUGCCAAGGGUCGCCGAGGCUUGCGACCACAACACCAUCCAAUACUUCUACGACUCGAGCACCGACUCUUGUGACGCCACCAGACCUGGCGAGUGCCUUCUUAACACCAACCGCUUCCCUGACAAAGAGUACUGCGAGCGCAGAUGUCGCCGCGGACCUCCUGCUCCCACACAACCAGAACCGUCGCCUGAGGAAAAUGUGUGCCAACUCAGCCCCAACCCAGGCCCUUGCAGAGGGAGUAUGGAGGCCUGGUUCUUCAGCGCCAACGAAAACGUGUGCCGCAAGUUCAUCUACGGCGGCUGCGAAGGAAACGGAAACCGAUUCAGCUCCAACGAAGAAUGCCUCGCCAAGUGUUCCCAUAGCAGAGAGUUUUGCAAAUUGCCCGUCGACUUGGGCCCUUGCACGGACUCGUUCAGUCGGUUUUACUUUGACGCUGAAACCGGCGAGUGCAAACCCUUCAAUUACACUGGUUGUGGUGGCAACAGAAACCACUUUGAGGACGUGGGCACUUGCAUCUAUUAUUGUGGUGGCGUUUCUUACACGCCUGACAUACCCAAAGUUGAGGAUUUCCCAAUUAUCACUGAAGAAGUUCCAAUUGAGGCGACUCAGGCACCACCGCCACAAUGCCGAGACCCAGGUUACGAGUGCAGCUACUUCCAGUCUAACUGUCCAUACGGCACGGAGGAGUACAUCGACCAGAACUCUUGCAGCCGCUGCAGGUGCCACGAACCGUGCCAGGGCAGCACCUGCCCGAAGGAAACUAAGUGUGUCGUCGAGGCCGUUGAGGCUUACGACAGAUCUCGGCAGUUCAGACCUGUCUGCAGACAAAUCAACAAACCUGGCGAGUGCCCAACAGUGGAAGAGGGCGCCGCGUGCAACCACACCUGCCGCGAAGACCCUGAUUGCCCUGGUGAAGAGAAGUGCUGCUUCAACGGCUGCGCCUACCAGUGCCGCAACCCCAACGCAAUCGAAGAAACGCCCAGACCCAGACCAACAAGACCUACCCCACCGCAGCCAACUCCACCAGUGUUUGUUGGAGACUACGAAGCUCCCCAAAUUCAUCUCCCGGAGCCGGUUGUGCGCGUUGCAGAGGGUGGCGAGUGCGCUCUCAGGUGUCAGACCAGAGGCAACCCGAAGCCUGUGCUCAUUUGGAGAAAGGGGGCCAAUAUUGAUGGUUCGCAUGGCCGACACCGUCUUCUGCCAGACGGUUCUCUGCAGCUGAUUGGCGUGAUUCGGGAGGACGCUGGAGUUUACACUUGCAGCGCUGACAAUGGAGUUGGUAGCCCCGCUGUCAGGGAAGUUCGAUUGGAAGUUACAGAUGGUUUGGUGACCCCUGCCGACGUGGUCAGGGUCGAGCCGUACCUGCGAGUGCACCUGAACUCGCCGGCCAUCCUGCACUGCUACGCCAUGGGCUGGCCGCGGCCCUCGAUCACGUGGUGGCGCGGCGAGCGCAUGUUGCCGAUGGCCAGCAAGCGGUACGAGCAGCGCCGCGACUUCACCCUGCUCAUCUCUUCCGUGGCCCUCGAGGACCUCGGACCCUACACUUGUCAGGCCUACAACGGCUUCCAGAAGGCCAGGUCGUGGACGAUCACGGUGCAGGGCUUCAAACCGGCCGGCGCCGUCUACUCAGGCUCCGAGAAUUACUAUCAGUACCUGGUUGAGCCGGAACCCACGCAGCCGCCCGCACCCCGACCCCCCUACCCUCCUUACAUUCCACCUGUCCAACCCGUACCAGACGUCCGAGUGCCAGUCAGGGUCAGCCUCACGUCACCGCGCACUUCCUAUGCCAUUGACACGAAUUUGAAUAUCAAGUGCGAUGUGGACGGCUAUCCCAUUCCGGAGGUCACGUGGUUCAAGGACGACCAGCGACUCGAGGCUUCCGAGCGAGUGCAGAUUACAGAGAACCACGAAUUGUUUAUCGAGAGAGUUCAAAUGAGAGACGCUGGCAGUUACAAGUGCGAGGCCAGAAACCAGGAAAGCGUCAACAGCGGCACCGUCACCGUCACCAUCGACUCCAACCAGCAAAUCCACCCGAACUGUACAGACAGUCCGCUGUUCGCCAACUGCAAGCUGAUUGUGAAGGGCAAGUACUGCACUCACAAGUACUACGCACGGUUUUGCUGCCGCUCGUGCACCGAGGCGGGCCAACUGCCUCUGGACGGCGCGCAUCUCUUCGGCUUCUCGUUGAAAUCGUCGAAAAACAACUAGUCGCACUUUCAUUCUCUUCACUUACCAAGUAUUUAUUUCCGACAAAUACAAUUCGCUCGCUUUAAGGGAACAGUGUGGUUUUGCAAAAUGUGAGGAGACAAGAAGUGUAUUUUUUAUUAAUUCAAACCGAAGCAGCUUUCAAGUUGUCUUUUCAGCAUCAUUUUAAUCCACAGAGAGAGAGAGAAAGCAAAUCGAAUGUGUUCAUUUUUGCGCAGUUGCUUAGUGUAGGUGCUCUAGUUUGUAAAAGUUUGAAAUUUCAUUAGAACUCUGGGUGCUUUUGUUUAGAAAAUUUUCCCACUUCAGUAUAUAUGUUGCAACUAUUUUGAAUUUGUAGAUUUUAUCAAUUAUUUUCAAGCCUCCUUUUGUUUCCAAUUCAAUGUCGUUAUUGGAACACGCCAGUCUGUCUACGCUGCCAAUCUUAAUUUAAAUUUUUAUAUUUUUCUACUGUAGCAAGUAUAAGUUAAUUUUUUCACUCAUACUUUGUAACUUUUAACUCAGAAUAGACGAUAACACUGAGUAUCCUAUAAUCGUGCCUUUGAUUAACGUGAUAAUUGUUAAACUAUAUAAAAUAGUAAAAUAUAUAUGGCGGAAGUUACCUUUCCAUUUCUUGUAAAAAAAAUGAGUCUGCAGCUCAUGGAUGAACUACUCUGUUUUAUAUUUUCUCUCUGCGGCACCCAGCAGGAAAUCUAUUAUUCUAUAAGCUCACGUCACCUUAAGAUGUAAAUUUAGGGAUUGAGCCGCGGCUUCAAUUUGUAUCUUUGGAUAAGAAGGAUUACAUUGUUUAUUUGUUUUGAGUGACGUGUAUUAAAAUUUUUAUGAUGUAAUGUUAGGCUAAGAUUUAAAUGUAAAUAAAUUAUGAAUAAAAACUU